AUGGCUGACUCGACAUCGGAGGAGGCCAAGGCUGCCCAGAAGCGGAACCAUGACGACUUCACAGAGCAGGAAGAUGAUUCCUCGUCGGACGACGACAUGGGCCCGCAGCUCCCAUCAGCGGCGCCCAAGAAGAAGCGACGAGUCCUGCGACACGAGAAGCUAUACGUGGCGGCGCUGCCCAAGUCUGCACGGUACUCCAAGUCGCUGAUGCACAAAGAGCAGGUCCUCUUCGUGACGUGGACCCCCCUGACGGAUUUCCUGAUCACGACGUCGGUGGAUGGGGUGGUCAAGUUCUGGAAGAAGAUAUCGCAGGGCAUCGAAUUCGUCAAGGAGUUCAAGGCGCACAACGGCGAGGUGGUGUCGGUGAGCGUGAGCAGCGACGGGCGCAGCUUCGCGACGGCCGGGGCGGACCAGACGAUCAAGGUGUUUGACGUCAUGUCGUUUGACCUGCUGUCGAUGCUGGCGCUCGACUACGACCCCGGCUGCGUGUGCUGGGUGCACAGGAGGGGCGCGUCGCUGCCGCUGCUGGCCGUCUCGGACGGCGCGAAGCCGCUGAUACACGUGUACGACGGGCGCGGCGAGAAGGAGGACCCGAUACACACGGUCAAGGGGCUGCACCGCAAGCCGGUGCACCUCAUGGCGUUCAACGACCGGUACGACUGCGUCGUGUCGGCCGACCAGGCGGGCAUGGUCGAGUACUGGCAGCCGGGGGGCACGUACGACAAGCCCGAGGGGGUGUUCGAGUUCAAGAGCUCGACGAACCUGUUCGACUUCCGCAAGGCCAGGUGCGUGCCGUCGUGCCUGACGGUGUCGCCCGAUGGGCGGCAGCUGGCCACGCUGUCGAUGCCAGACCGCAAGGUACGCCUGUUCGACUUCGCCACGGCCAAGCUGCACCGCACAUACGACGAGUCGCUGCAGGCCGCCGAGGAGAUGCAGCAGGUCGGCGGGGCGGGGGCGCACAAGCUGGACCGGGUCGAGUUCGGGCGGCGCAUGGCGCAGGAGAAGGAGGUGGAGUCGGCGACGUUGCGGGACAAGUCCAACGUGGUGUUUGACGAGUCGGGCAACUUCCUCAUCUACGGCACGAUGGUGGGCAUCAAGGUACUCAACACGUACACGAACCAGGUGGUCAAGGUGUACGGGCGCGACGAGAACCUGCGCGGCGUCAACCUGGCCGUCUACCAGGGCCAGCCGCAGAAGAAGGGCGUGACGACGGUGGAGAUGGGCGCGUCGAGCAACCCGCUGCUCCGGGAGUCGGAGUCGCGCGACCCCAUGCUCGUCGCCACCGCCGCCGGCCGCGUCCGCUUCUACAUGUUCACCGACGACGAGGACGUGUCCAGGUCGACGCGCGACGUCCAGAAUGAGCGGCCCACCAUGCUGGGCGGCCGCGACAGGAAGAGCGGCGCUGGGCGCAAGGCCGAGACGGGCAGCGCCGCCGUCAUCCACACCACCUACGGGGACGUGCACGUCCGGCUGUUCCCCGACGCGGCGCCCAAGACGGUGGAGAACUUUGUCACCCACUCCCGCAACGGGUACUACAACGGGACCAUCUUCCACCGCGUCAUCCGCAAGUUCAUGAUCCAGUGCGGUGACCCCCUCGGCGACGGCACGGGAGGCGAGAGCAUCUGGGGUCGUGAAUUCGAAGACGAGUUCAGCAGCCUCAAGCACGACAAGCCGUAUACCGUCAGCAUGGCCAAUGCGGGUCCCAACACGAACGGAAGUCAGUUCUUCAUCACGACCGAGAAGACGCCUUGGCUCGACGGCAAGCAUACCAUCUUUGGCAGAGCCACGCAAGGGUUCGAUGUGAUCCACAAGAUUGAGAAUGCCCGGACGCACAAGGAGAAACCAGAGGAGGACAUCAAGAUUCUCAGCAUCGACAUCUCAUAG